CGUAACGUACACGGAGCAAGAGGCCACGAUAGCGACGAAGUUACGACAGAUUCUUCACAGAGGUCGCCUACACUCUGGCAUCGGUUUUCAGUCGUGUGGCAGUUAGGAUUGCAGAGCAGUGGAGAGGCAGGAUGCCGUGCUGCGAGCUGCACCCCCGCGUGAUGACGCCCGAGGACGAGCAGAGGGAGCUGGAGGCGCUCCCCCCAGACUGGUGGCCGCCUGGAGUGCUGGAGCGGCGCAGCCUCGUCGCCGCCUUCUACGACGGCGCGGCGGUCUUCCUCACCGGCGCCACCGGCUUCGUCGGCACCCUCGUACUCGAGAAGCUGCUGCGCUCCUGCCCCGGCGUCUCGACGGUCUACGUGCUCGUCAGGGACAAGAAAGGCGUGCCGCUGCGGGAGCGGCUGCGUUCUCACCUCGACAAAGUGAUCUUCAGCAAGGCGCGCGAGGCGUGCCCGGACUACCUCCGCAAGGUGGUGGCUGUGGCGGGCGACUGCACGCAGCCGGGACUGGGGAUCAGCCAGGCUGACGCCGCCGAGCUCACCAGCAGGGUGUCCGUCGUGUUCCACGUGGCCGCCACGGUGCGCUUCGACGCAGACCUCCGGACUGCCACGGUCACCAACGUUGGCUCCACCUGCGAGGUCAUUGCACUCGCCAAGCGUAUGCCCAACCUCAAGGCUCUUGUCUACAUGUCGACGGCGUAUUCACACGCUCCCAGACAUGAAAUCGACGAGAAGUUCUACCCUCCAGCACUGAAGGGUGAGGAGCUGCUCAAACUGAUCAGCGUCAUGGACGACGGGCAGCUGGCGCAGAUACUCCCGCUGCUUAUGGGUGACUGGCCCAACACAUAUACCUUCACAAAAGCAAUCGCCGAAGAUCUAAUACGCUCUGAAGCCGUUGGGCUACCUGCCUCGAUCAUCAGGCCCUCCAUAGUGUCGAGCACCUACCAGGAACCACUGGCACUGUGGGUGGGCAACAUGUAUGGCCCUACUGCCGCAGGGGCCGGAUCGUCUGUGGGACUUCUGCACGCCAUGCAUAUGGAUCGCAGUGCAUUGGUGGAUGGCGUGCCUGCAGACAUGGUGGCCAACGCAACCCUCGCCUGUGCGUGGGACACCUGGUGCAGACACAGCAGUCAAACUCCGACACAGCGGGCUACAGCUGAACCAGUCAUCUACAACUACGUGUCGACGCCACGCCAUCCCAUAUCCUGGGAUCUUUUAUGCCGCUACGUACAGAAAGGCACCGAUUAUCCCAGCAUACGAAACUUAUGGGUCGCUUACGUCGUACUGCUCAAGGAGAAAUACUUGUACGUUAUCGCCGCUGUCGUCCUCCACCUAAUUCCAGCUAUGAUCGUAGAUUCGUUUCUGUAUCUCAAGGGAAUGAAACCAAUACUGUGGAACUUGUACUCGAAGAUUCAUAUGGUCUCACAAGCUCUGGAGCCAUUCUGGACUAAAGAAUGGACAUUCAAAGAUGACAACGUGGUGUCCCUGCUUGUCCGUCUUGGUGAAGCCGACAGAAAGCUGUUUCCCUUUGACAUCGCAGAUUACGACUGGGAGUGCCACCUCGCCAAUACCAUGCGUGGAUUUCGCCUUUACAUCAUGAAUGAGAGCUUCGACAACUUGCAGGCGGCCAGGAAAAGAUAUCAUCGCUUACUCGUUUUGCACUACACACUGCUCGCCAUAGGGAGCGCGGUGCUCCUGCUCGUCCUCUGGCGGAUUCUCGCCGCCCACAUAGGACUGUGACUCCCACGCGGCUGUCCGGCUGCACCAGUAAACUAGUGAGAUCCUGCAAGCGUGCCGUUUCUGCAGAGCCCGUGCACCA